CUCACCAAAGAAUAAUAAUUACAAUACUAACACUAAUCUUGUAUGUAUACAUACCAUCACACGCCCACCUUUCAAGAACAUUCUUGCCCCAGAUCGCACUCUGUUUCCUCUUUCAACAAAUCGAUCAUCAAAUCGGAGCUUCAACUCUUCUCCAUGGACAAAGAAGCGGAAUGUUGCUCCACUCACCUUAUAGAAGGGGAUGGUACCUUUAAUAGAGAUGGACUUGAUAAUUUUAUUAAGCAAGUCAAACUGGGAGAAUGUGGACUUUCUUAUGCUGUUGUUGCUAUCAUGGGUCCGCAAAGCAGUGGGAAGAGCACACUUUUAAACCAUCUUUUCUAUACCAACUUUAGGGAAAUGGAUGCGUACAGGGGAAGGUCUCAGACUACCAAAGGUAUUUGGAUAGCAAAAUGUCCUGGUAUUGAACCUUGCACCAUUGUAAUGGAUCUUGAGGGUACGGAUGGAAGAGAACGAGGAGAGGAUGAUACUGCAUUCGAGAAACAAAGUGCACUUUUUGCGCUUGCUGUUUCAGAUAUAGUGCUUAUAAAUAUGUGGUGUCAUGAUAUUGGACGUGAGCAGGCUGCAAAUAAACCUCUUUUGAAAACCGUAUUUCAGGUUAUGCUGCGGUUGUUUAGUCCACGCAAAACAACUUUAAUGUUUGUAAUACGUGAUAAAACAAGGACACCUCUUGAAAAUCUAGAGCCUGUUUUGAGGGAAGAUAUCCAGAAGAUAUGGGAUUCCGUUCCAAAGCCAGAAGCCCACAAACACACCCCACUGAGCGAAUUUUUCAAUGUUCAAGUUGUUGCACUGUCUAGUUAUGAAGAGAAGGAAGAACAAUUUAAAGAGCAGGUGUCUGAUUUGAGGCAAAAGUUCUUCCAUUCUAUCGCACCUGGUGGUCUUGCUGGCGAUAGGCGAGGGGUUGUUCCUGCUUCAGGUUUUUCUUUUAGUGCACAACAAAUCUGGAAAGUUAUCAAGGAGAACAAAGACCUUGAUUUGCCAGCUCACAAGGUUAUGGUGGCAACUGUACGAUGUGAAGAGAUUGCUAAUGAGAAAUAUUCUUCCUUUGUUAUGAAUGAGGACUGGCUUGAAUUAGAAGAGGCCGUACAAUCUCAUCUUGUUCCGGGAUUUGGAAAGAAACUUAGUUCCCUGCUUUACAAUUGUUUAUCCAGUUACGAUGAAGAGGCUACAUACUUUGAAGAUAGUGUUAGAUCUGCAAAAAGAAGGCAGUUGGAAGAUAAAUUGAUGCAACUAGUUCAACCAGCCUACCAGUUAAUGUUGGAACACAUACGAUCCGAGACACUAGAAAGUUUUGAAAAAGCACUUAAUGAUGCUUUGAAAGAAGGACAAGGGUUUGCAGCGGCUGCUCGUGAUUGUACCACAGAGUUUAUGAGACUAUUCGAUGAACAAUGUCAAGAUGCUGUCAUCAAGCAAGCAAAUUGGGACUCGGGUAAAGUAAGGGAUAAAUUUUCACGUGAUUUAGACUCACAUAUUGCUGAAGUUCGGGCCUCCAAACUAUCUGAGCUUACUGCACUAUAUGAGUCAAAAUUAAAAGAGGCGUUAUAUGGUCCGGUGGAAGCUCUUCUUGAAGGAGCCAGUGAUGAUACUUGGCCUGCAAUAAGGAAACUUCUUCAUCAAGAAACUAAAAAAGCUGUUUCCGAGUUCUCUUCUGCACUUUCCGGUUUUGAAAUGGAUGAACAAGAAGAAGAAACUUCGAUUUCAAAAUUAGAGAAUUACGCAAGAGGGAUAGUUGAAGGGAAGACGAGAGAAGAAGCUGCCAAAGUUUUGUACCGCAUGAAGGAAAGAUUUACAUCCAUAUUCAACCAUGAUAACGAUUCGAUGCCACGAGUCUGGACUGGAAAAGAAGACAUCCGUGCAAUAACUAAAACUGCCCGUUCUUCUUCUUUAAAGUUGCUCUCUGUGCUGGCUGCAAUUCGUUUGGAUGAAGAAGACACUGAUAAAAUUGGAGAUACACUUGUGCUCACAUUAGUGGAUCCUAAAAAAGGCACUAGUAAGAGUAUUACAGACCCAUUAGCCUCAAGCACAUGGGAAGAGGUUCCACCUACAAAGACACUCAUUACCCCUGUUCAGUGUAGAUCAUUAUGGAGUCAAUUUCAAAGAGAAACCGAAUAUACUAUCACUCAAGCUAUUGCUUCCCAGGAAGCUAAUAAGAGGAAUAACAAUUGGUUACCACCUCCAUGGGCGAUUGCUGCAAUGGCGAUCCUUGGAUUCAACGAGUUCAUGACCCUUUUGAGGAAUCCUUUGUGGCUGCUCAUUAUAUUUGUGAGUUACUUGCUUCUGAAGGCUUUGUGGGUCCAACUUGACAUUGCUGGUGAAUUCCGCAAUGGCGCGCUUCCAGGAAUCCUUUCAUUAUCAACCAAGUUUCUUCCAACAGUCACCAAUCUUCUUAGAAAACUAGCAGAAGAAGGUCAAACACCAGUCAACACCGGAAAUCAUGCACAUUUAGCGCAAUCAACAUCCACAGCCUCAUCUGAGGUAACUAUGGAGAAUGAAAUGGAAUACACAAGCUCCUCAAAACACCAGAAUUAAUCGCCAUCCGUUCAACAAAUAACGUCCCGCCACUUGUUAGUUAACCUACUUCUGUAUCUAUACAACAAGCUUGUUUAUUUUGCCGACGGAUAUUGAAGAGGGAGGGGUAUAGAGUUUAUUAGGAGCCAUGCAUUCAAGCUUGAUUUUGUUGUAUACGAUGGGUAUAAUUUGUUCUGUGUUCAUGAUCUAUUUAUAGUUGCUUGUUCUUUAA